AUGGAUUUGUUUAUGAUGAAGGCGACUCGUUUAGCCUUUUCUGGUGCCUAUGGAGACACGUUUUCAAUAGACGAUAUUGCACGAGACUUUGAAGUGUACUUUCUCCAACCCAUUUCACUUACUUAUGGAAAGCCAGGAGUUGACUUCGUCGAAUUUCGCAACUACCUCUCCACAAAAGACAAGAUCUCAGUGAUUUACAUAGAAACAUACACCCUUUCAGAACCGUCAGACGAGAAGGCCCUGCUGCAGACUGCAAGGUGCAUCGGACGAACGCUCAGGCAGCAAGAGCCUGCUAAGGUAACCGAUAUCCCAUUUGCAAGAGUAUACUACACCUCUGACCUCUCAGUCACUACAAUGGGACAGACCCCUCUACGAUAUCUUAUGGAUAUGGGCUACCGACCUAUCUUUCAAGUCAUUCGGCGAGGGAUCCGGUUCUCAGACCUAGGGCAGCCAUCCAUAGACUUGUACCGCGAUUUCAUGGUUGAGGUAUCGUAUAUGACCACAAUCAGAUCCAUCUUUAUGGUGCCGUUUGUAUCUACUGAGCUUACCUCUUUGCUGAAUACUUCUCUGGUGGAGACCUUCGAGCUGUCCAACUCUCCCGAAGAAAAGACGCGCCAGGAGCUAGAGGCAGAGAUAGAGAAACGCCUGCAGGAUAAGCAAGAGAAUGGGGCCUUGCCUAAUCUCAGUCUCUACAAAAUCUUAAGCCCCUUGCACAAUAGCUUGGAGGCCUUUGAAAUAAAUGUUUGGACUGUCUGUAAAAUGGACGAGGCAAGCGCUAUGCGUGGAGCAAUUGAGCGGGUCUGUGCGAAGAUUGAAGGCAUCUAUAGCGGGCUUCUCUUUGCAAAUCCCUUGGAGCUGUAA